AUGGCGGCAUCAGCUGCUAUGGUGGCGGCGGCAACGGCAGCUUCAGCAACGUCUGUUCCCAAGCCCGUCGAUGUCAUUGGCGGUGUAUUGGACUAUAGCAAUCUAAGCCAUGUCCAGACGAGUGCAGUGAAAACAGGCAAAAAUAGCAGCGGCAGCGGUUUUGAUAUGGGCAGGCAUCCAAUAUCAACGCCCACUAGUGCUACCAACUCUAAUUAUGGGGGUCGGCUGCAAUUCUUUAAAAAUGGAAAAUUCAUUUUGGAAUUGGCUCGAUCCAAGGACAGCGACAGAGGUGGUUGGGUAUCAGUACCGCGUAAGGCAUUUCGUCCACCAUCAGCGGCAACAUCGGCCACAGUGACGCCCACAUCGGCAGUGACCACAACGUAUCCAAAGAACGAGAAUUCCACAUCGUUGAGUUUUUCGGAUGACAACAGUUCCAUACAGUCAUCGCCCUGGCAACGUGAUCAGCCCUGGAAACAGUCAAGACCACGUCGUGGCAUUUCGAAGGAGCUAUCGCUAUAUUACCAUCGUCCCAGGCAAAGUGUUCUCAGCAAUAAAGCUCUCCAGUUGGCAUCACGUAAACGUAGGAGGCCACAUGAUCCCAUGGCUAGCGAGGAAGAGCACAAAAGCAUUUUUGAGUGCAUAAAAAUGGAGGAAAAUGGCGAUGAGACGCUUAAGCCCGAACAGACGGAAACGGAGACCCAUGGAGGAGAGGAUACGAAAGUUAAAGCAGAAACAGCUCCAGCGCACUCUGAAGCAAUUGCUGCUGAUGAUGAGAUUAAAUCGGACGAACCAGAAGCGAUCAAAGAGGAGGAUUCCCAAACAGAGUUAAAGGAUACAGCUCCAAGCCAAACAACAGAAGCCAUUGACUCAAUAACUUGUAAAGCAGAGAAAAUGAAUACUAGCGAGGAUGAGGAUGUAUCUACAGAUGCUGGUGGUGGUGGUGCUGCCCCUGCCCCUGCCCCUGCAACUGCCUCUGCAUCAGCAGCUGAAACACCUGCUGUCAAUGGAACGACUGCCGCCGAACUGAAUGGCGAUACAAAGAGUAAAGCACCAACGACAGAUCUAAUAAGACUUAAAAAGCGGAAACCCAGAGCCAAGCUCAAUAACAUCAUACAGAAACUAAUCGAUGGGGUGCCAGCACGUUUAGAGCAAUUGUCCAAGACAUCAGCGGUAAUGGCAUCGCUGGCAACAUCAACCGAGCGCAAUUCUGGCGGAGCCAUCAGUAGUCUAAGUCACUCCUUGACGCACAAGGUUUCUCCGCCAUCAUCGGCAUCGGCAGCCAGUCGUCUAGUCGACUAUCAUCAUCAGCAUGUGUCGCCAAGGAAACGCAUUUUACGCGAAUUCGAGAAAGUGUCACUGGAAGAUAAUGGAUGUGCAAAUAAUGGCAGCGCCAGCGGUUCAAGUGCUGGUGGAGUUAUUGGCGGUGUCGGUGGUAAACGGAGUAGGGCCAAGGCAUCGGCGCAACAGCAACAGCAGCCCACACGAUUGAAUAGCUCUUACAGUAUUCAUUCACUAUUGGGCGGCAGCAGCAGCAGCUCUUCUGCCUCCACUGGUUCAACCAAGGGGAAUGGCGAUCAUCCGGCCGCUAUAAUUAGCAAUGUGCAUCAUCAUCAUCAUCAUCAACAUCAUCAACAUAAUUCGCAUUCAUUAUAUGGAACCAAUUCAGCAAGCUAUCCGCGUGCGCUCUUGGGUUCUCCCAAAUCUCCUGAUAUGGGUGUCGGCAGCAAUGGUUCGGGAGGCGGAGGUGGGGGUAAGUCACCCUCUCAUGGUGCCACGAAAAAACGAUCGCCACCAUACACAGCAGCCGCUGGGUCGCCGCUGCCUCUGGACUAUGCGCACCCGCAUUCUUUUUACGCUCCUUAUGCUACAACUGGUUCUGGCGCAUCGCCCAGACCGUCCACUGCGUCGAGUAGCACGUCGCACAUUCCACACGGAGUCCCGUCGUCGUCGUCGUCGAACUCACGGGAUCUAUCGCCGGCUCGCUCUUCAACGGCCUCGCCAGCCACCACUCCUCGCACUGUACCCAAAAAGACUGCAUCAAUACGCCGCGAGUUCGCCUCGCCCAACGCUGGCAGCAACAGCUGCUCCUCACCGGGCGAGCGUAGCGUAUCACCACCGGAUCGGCGACAUAUGCAUCUGAAUCGGAGCUCACCUGCGGCGGGAUCACCGCUCCACUACUACAUGUAUCCGCCACCACCCCAAGUUAAUGGCACCGGGGGUCCCACUUCGGCGGUUAAUAGCAGCCCAAGCCAACAGCAGUCAGUGUCGGCGGCGGCCAGCAGUAGCAGUGCUGCCGUAGCCGCCGCCACCGCAGCAGCUGCAGCAGCGUAUAUUCCCUCGGUGGUUUCGCCAUCUCUGUAUCAUCCUUAUAUAUCCACUUUGGCGGCCAUUCGACACAAUCCGCUGUGGAUGCAUCAUUACCAAACUGGUGCCGGAGCAUCAUUGUUAGUGCCCCCACCGCCGCCUCCUCCUCAUUCCCAUCAGGCAUCAUCGAGCCAAGUGGCAGCAGCAGCAGCAGCAGCCGCCUCAAGACUAUCACCGUCCUCACCCUAUGCCCAUGCGUUCGCCUAUAAUGGGGUCGGGGCUGCUGCUGUGGCUGCCGCAGCAGCUGCUGCUGCCGCCGCCGCUGCUUUCGGGCAACACCCUACACCCAAUCCCCAUACACAUCCACAUUUGGCGCAUCCAACGGCACUGGCUCAUAUGACGACCACGCCAAAACUGACUGAUAGUAGUACCGACCAACCAAUGUCUGCAGCGACCAGUCAUCGCACCGCCUCCACUUCGCCGGCCAGCUCCAGUGCAUCCGCCUCAUCUACGGUUGCAUCCGGCGUUGGCACGUCAUCUGCAAUGUUUCAUAAUAGUAAUCUUAGGAAUGAACCAAGUUCAGACUUACCACUGAAUCUGUCAAAGCACUGA